AUGCAGAGAGGGAAGCCCUGCAGAGCACUGCCUACCCCGAAGUAGACCUUCUGCCAGAAGCACGGCUUGAUGUUUGAGGUCAUUGAUCUGAGGUGGGGUAUUCGGACCACCGAAGUCACUGACCACUUGACCACAGAACUCUGCUUGGAGGAGGUCGACCGGUGUUGGAAAACAUCCAUAGGGCCAGCUUUUGUUGCCCUCAUCGGUGAUUGGUACGGCCCCUGUGUGGUUCCCUCAUGGAUCGAUGAGAAGGAGUGGGAGGUGUUGAGGGCCUGUCUGACUGCCAGGCCAACUGACCUGGAGCUGGUGGCACGUCACUUCCGGAGGGACGAGAAUGCGGUUCCUCCCACCUACGUCCUGCAGGCACCAGGCACUGGGGAGGCCUGUGAGCCAGAGGAGGCUACCCUAACCUCUGUCCUACGCUCUGGAGCCCAGGAGGCCUGCAGGCUGGGGCUCAUCACCCAGGAGCAGUGGCAGCGCUACCACCGGUCAGUCAUUGACUGGGAGAUACAGCGAGGCCUGCUGAGCUCAGAGGACCGGGACCAGGGAGCGACCGUCUUCCUUCGAGAGAUCCAAGACCUCUACAAACACAUCCUUGAAGACUGCGCCCUCGGGAUGGUGGACCGGCUCGCGGAUGGCUGCCUGGACACUGAUGCCCAGAACCGUCUCAGCAGCCUCAAGGGUCACAUCACUGACAUGUACCCCGGGGUCCUCAAGGCCCACCGCCUGCCGUGGAGCCGUGACCUGGUAAACCCCAAGAACAAAACCCAUGCCCGCUACCUGAAGGAGCUGGGUGAGCAGUUUGUGGCGAGGGCCAAUCACCAGGUCCUCGAACGCCUCCGUGAGCUGGAUGUGGCUGGACGGGAGUUGGCGUGGCUCUACCAAGAGAUCCGUCACCACCUUUGGCAGAGCUCGGAGGUCACCCAGAACUUCUGUGGACGCCAGGAACUCCUGGCCCGGCUUGGGCAGCAGCUCAGGCACGAUGACAGCAAGCAGCACACCCCCCUGGUACUCUUCGGGCCCCCGGGCAUCGGAAAGACGGCCCUGAUGUGCAAGCUGGCUGAGCAGAUGCCAAGGCUGCUCGGGCACAAGACGGUGACUGUCCUGCGGCUGCUGGGGACGUCGCAGAUGAGCUCGGAUGCCCGCGGCCUGCUGAAGAGCGUCUGCUUCCAGGUGUGCCUGGCCUAUGGGCUGCCUUUGCCCCCUGCCCAGGUUCUGGACGCCCACACCAGGGUGGUCCAGUUUUUCCACACCCUCCUCCACACCGUCUCUUGCAGAAACUUCGAGUCUCUUGUGCUCCUGCUGGAUGCUAUGGAUGACCUGGACUCUGUCCGCCAUGCUCGGAGGGUUCCCUGGCUGCCUCUCAACUGCCCCCCGAGGGUGCACCUCAUCCUCUCAGCUUGCUCGGGGGCACUGGGGGUUUUGGACACCUUGCAGCGAGUUCUCCUGGACCCGGAGGCCUACUGGGAGGUGAAGCCCCUCUCUGGAAACCAAGGCCAGGAGAUGAUCCAACACCUGCUGGUGGCUGCAAGGAGGACGCUGAGCCCGGUGCACACAGAUUUGCUCUGGGCCAGCCUCCCGGAGUGUGGGAACCCAGGGCGGCUGAGGCUGGCCUUUGAGGAGGCCCGGAAAUGGGCCUCCUUCACCGUGCCUGCACCACUGGCCACCACCACAGAGGAAGCCACGCACCAGCUCUGCGCCCGUCUGGAGCAGACACAUGGGCGGCUCCUUGUGGCCCACGUGCUGGGCUACAUCGUGUCUUCCCGGCACGGUCUCUCGGAGGCGGAGCUGAAGGAUGUUUUGUCCUUGGACGACGAGGUCCUGCAGGCCGUGUACCGGGACUGGACCCCGCCCAGCAAGGAGCUGCUGCGCUUCCCGCCCCUGCUGUGGGUGCGGCUUCGUCGAGAUCUGGGAUACCACUUGGCCCGGCGGCCCGUGGAUGGCUUCACCCUCCUGGCCAUUGCCCACAGACAGCUGGUCGAGGUGGUCCAUGAGCGCUACCUGUCGGGAUCCGAGAGAGCCAAGAGGCAUGGCGUCCUGGCUGACUUCUUCUCAGGGACCUGGAGCCAGGGUACCAAGAAGCUCAUCACUCUGCCACUUGUAGGGAAACCCUUAAACUUGGACCGAAAGGUGGCCCCUCAGCCUCUGUGGUUCUCAGACACGGUUGCAAACCUGCGGAAGCUGAAGGAAUUGCCUUAUCACCUGCUUCACUCGGGCCGCCUGGAAGAACUUAAACAGGAGGUUCUGGGCAGCAUGAGCUGGAUCUCCUGCCGGGGCAUCUCUGGGGGCAUCGAAGACCUGCUGGACGACUUUGACCUGUGUGCCCCUCACCUGGACUCUCCUGAGGUUGGCCUGGUCCGUGAAGCCCUCCAGCUCUGCCGCCCUGCUGUGGAACUCCGAGGCAUGGAGAGGAGCCUCCUGUACACAGAACUGCUGGCCAGACUCCAUUUCUUUGCCACCUCACAUCCAGCACUGGUGGGACAGCUGUGCCAACAGGCCCAGAGCUGGUUCGGGUUAUGCACACACCCUGUGUUGGUGCCCCUUGGAGGAUUCCUCCAGCCCCCGGGAGGACCCCUCCGGGCAACCCUCAGCGGUUGUCACAAAGGAGAGGUGAGGUGCGUGAAAGUAUUUGCCAAAGGGACCCUUGCCAUCUCUGCUUCGAAGGAUUACACGCUACGCUUGUGGAACUUACUCACUGGCCAAGAGAAAUUUACCAUUUGGGAUGGAGGCUCAAAAACUCCCACCGAACCUCAGAUCUGGAGCCUUCAUGUGGAUGAGGCACACAAAGUUGUGUAUUCGGCAUCUGCCUCAAAGAUCAAUGCUUGGAAUCUGGAAACUGCAGAGCCGGUUUUCCGUAUCCUGGGAGAUGCCUCUGAUCCUUGGAUGUGCAUGGCCAUGCUGGCCUCCCAGGCCACGCUGCUGACAGUGUCCAGGGAUGGUGUGGUCAGUCUGUGGAGCUCAGCCACAGGAAAACUUCAGGGGCAGCAACAUAUGUCCAGCAUCAAAGAAGAAACACCUACCUGUGCUGUCUCAGUCCAGAAGCAAGGAAAGCUUGUUACCGGAUUUAGCAAUGGCUCCAUCUCUUUGGUUUCCUCCAAAGAGGACAGAUUGCUGGAGAAGCUUCCAGAUGCUGUGAGGUUCCUGGUGGUCUCUGAAGAUGAGUCCCUCCUCGCCGCAGGCUUCGGAAGAUCAGUGCGGAUAUUCUUGGCGGACCCGAGAGGCUUUCGCCAGUUCAUGGCCACGGAUCUGGAACACGAAGACAUGGUGGAGACAGCUGUUUUCGGUCCUGAGAACAACCUGAUCGUCACAGGGUCCCUGGAUGCGCUCAUUCAGGUAUGGAGUCUGUCAGAACAGGGGACCCUGCUGGACAUCCUGGAAGGCGUCGGGGCCCCCGUAAACCUGCUGGCCCGCGGUGGGGCUUUGAUGGCGUCUGCUUCCCUGCAGUCCUCAUCUUUCAAAGUCUGGGAUCUCAGCAACGCUCAUCGGUCCCGGGUCCCUGUGCCAUUUCUGGACCGCACUGGCCUCACUGCAGUGUCCCACAAUGGAAGCUACAUCUACUUCCCCAAAAUUGGGGACAAAAACAAAGUCACUAUUUGGGACUUGGCAGAAGGCGAGGAACAAGAUUCCCUGGACACCUCCAGUGAGGUCAGGUGUCUGGAGGUUGCUGAGCAGCGCAAGCUCCUAUUCACUGGCCUCGUGUCGGGGGUCGUCCUUGUGUUCCCCCUGAAUUCCAGGCAGGACGUGAUAUGCAUUCCCCCUCCCGAGGCCCGGAAAGCAAUCCACUGCAUGUCCCUGAGCAAAUGCGAGGACCGCCUGGCUAUCGCCUAUGACAACAUGGUCCUGGUGCUGGACAUCACCCCCGGGGACCCCUGCCCGGUCAUCAGUGGGCCAAGGUACACCAUUUAUACCCAGCUGCCCGAGACCAUCUCCAGCGUGGCCGUUCUGACGGACUACCGCGUGGUCUACAGCAUGACCAACGGGGACCUCUUUCUUUACGAGUGUGCAAAUUCCAAAGCGUUUCCCUUGGAGGCCCACAGGAGCCGAGUUGCCUGUGUGGAGGUCAGCCACAAGGAGCAGUUGGUGGUCAGCGGGUCUGAGGAUGCCCUGCUGCGUCUCUGGGACCUGCAGGCAUGCAAGUGGAAAUUCGAGAUGAGCUACACGAGUUCUUACUGCAAAGGGGUCCAAUGUGCUUGCUUCUCCAAGGAUGACAAGUAUGUGUACGUGGGCUUAAAGGAUCGCUCUAUACUUGUUUGGAGUGUGCUGGACGGCACCCUGCUGACAGUCCAGUUUGUCCAUGCUGUGGUAAACAGAAUCAUCCCAACCACUAGUGGCUUCAUUGCCCCCACCAGGCAUGGUUAUCUGAUCCGAGAGCAUUUCCAGUGCCUUUCAGCAAGAGCCUCGCAGCAGGACCCUCUCAGGAACUUCAAGAAGGCAGUGUGGAUGGUCAAAUCCAGGCAGAGAGAGGAACUAGUGGCAUCUGCGGGAGCUCCCCGGGACUUGGAGUCAGAGAGUGCCCAGGAAAAUGAAACAAAAUCAAACAAAUGCUCACAAGUCUGCCUGAUAGUGUAAAAAAAACCAAAAAACAAAAAACCCGAUGGUGGUAUGGGGCUCCAAUGAGUUAGCCCCAUUUAAUCUGGUUAAAGCAAAAAGAAUAUGUUUGCUGGUAUAUAUCUGGACCCAUUGCUUCAGAUUAUGUGACCCAGACCUUGCCUCUUCUCAUCUUUCCAUUCUUCUUUUCUCUUUUUCAUUUUCAUUCUCAGACUUGCCACCCCCAGGUGAGCAACAUGGUAGCCAAUAUGCUGCUGUCUCCAAUUUCAAAAAGAGAGCUUCUCUUUCCCAACAGUCCUAGCUUCAACUCUGUUGGUCCCAAUUGGCCCAUAUGCCUAGCCCUAAACCAAUUGUUAUAUCUGGGAGAAUGCAGAGCUCUAAUUGGCUGGAUUGACCCAAUGUCUACCACUGGAACUGAGAAUAGAAGAGAUUAUUCCUGAGAUGCAAAUUCGGGUUCUGGUACCAGAUGAAGGGGGAAUAGAUGAAUGUGAGAUAUAGCAAACCACUGAUAUGGACCACAGAACUUCACAGUUUAUAAAGCUUUAGAUGCUGUCAUCUGAUCCUCAUCACAACCCACACUUUAGGGAAGGCAGGAGUUUCUGCAUCUAUUUUACAAAUGAGGAAGCUGAACCUUGCACAAGUAGUUAUGAUUUGAUUCAGGUCACUAUUCAAGGGGCAAGAGCUUUGAGAGUGAGCCUUCUGUCCCAUUCCUGUUAGGCCUCACUCCAAUUUCAGUCUCUAGAGCACAACCAUCUCUUCCACAGGCACCACAUUCAAAUGCUCACAGGAGCUAGUGACUAAUCUAGACACUUCCAUGCAGCUGGGUGAGCAGCAGGGAGAGAUGGAGACUGGACACGUGGAAGGCAGAGAUUGUGUCUAGGGUGGGUAUAAGCAGCCUGACUCUAGCCCAGAAUUGCCAUGGCCAAACCAGCCCACUGCUGUCAGUGCUUCCAGUUGUAAUAAGCAAAGCCAGAAAUCCAGACUUUUAUGCAAAAAUAUUCUGACUUUUAAAGUUGGCGAUUGGUUCCAUUUGUAUCUAUAGCGCAUUUGGCAUGUGCGUCUUUGGUGAUGAGCUGACUUCAGAACUCAAGCUGGCAGUAAAACAAUCAACAUGUUAUAGUUUGUCCUUCUCUAGUCUCUGGCUCCCAAACUUUUGGGAUAAAGAUGUGGGUUUUUAAUCUUAAAAACUGGAGGCUCUUGGAAGGAGAAAGAGCUGCUGCUAUCUCCCUGAUUUGCUUUUGAACCAUCUGCCUUGUGCAAGUUCAACAGUUAAACUGUUUUCAUUCCACUUAAGUGGAUCCUUCUUCUUUGCCCACAGCCUUCUAAAAGCCCUUCUCAGUCUUCUCAGGCUUUUACUUUAAUGCUAGGAGAGUCUAAAUCUUCAGGGUGGACAUUCCUUCUCCCCUCCGUGGAAUUCCCAACAGAGUCUCAAUAAAAGCAACCUUAGAAACAGAGGCUUUUGAGCUGAACAAGACCCUACUGCUAUCUCAUUCAUUCAUCUUCCAAACCAGGUUUCCAAGGCAGGUUUUGGCAGUUCUGCAAAUGUUAGCAUCAAAUUUCAUUUAAAAAUAUUUUAAACUAUAAUUUUAAGAUGUAUGCUUGGAUAUAUUGGGCAGCAGCUUUUCAGGUGUUAAAGAUUACUAAGGUUGGUGCAAAAAGUAAUUGUGGCUUUUGCCAUUAAAAAUAUUAAAAAUAAUGGCAAAAACCGGCCAGGCACAGUGGCUCAUGCCUGUGGUCCCAGCACUUUGGAAGGCCGAGGCAGGCAGGUCACCUGAGAUCAGCAGUUUGAGACCAGCCUGAACAGCAUGGUGAAACCCCAUCUCUACUAAAAAUACAAAAAUUAGCCAGGUGUGGUGGCGGGGGCCUGUAAUCUCGGUUACUCAGGAGGCUGAGGCAGGAGAAUUGCUUGAACCAGGAGGUGGAGAGGAGUGCAGUGAGCCGAGAUCGUGCCACUGCACUCCAGCCUGGGUGACAGAGCAAGACUCCAUCUCAUAAUAAUAAUGAUGAUAAUAAUAAUAAUGGCAAAAGCCUCGGUGACUCAUGCCUGUAAUCCCAGCACUUUGGGAGACUGAGGUGGGUGGAUCACUUGAGGCCAGCUGUUCAAGAGCAGCCUGGUCAGCAUGGUGAAACCCUGUCUCUACUAAAAAUACAAAAAUUAGCCUGGUGUGGUGGCAUACACCUGUAAUUCCAGCUACUUGGGAGGCUGAGGCAGGAGAAUGGCUUGAACCUGGGAGGCGGAGGUUGCAGUGAGCCGAGAUCACACCACUGUACUCCAGCAUGAGUGACAGAGUGAGACUCUGUCUCCAAAAAAAAAAAAAAAAAAA